AUGGAUAGAGAUUUAGAACAGGCUCUGGAUCGCGCAGAGAAUAUCAUUGAAAUUGCCCAACAGAGACCUCCUAGAAGGAGAUACUCACCUAGGGCGGGAAAAACUCUGCAGGAAAAACUUUAUGACAUUUAUGUAGAAGAAUGUGGAAAAGAGCCUGAGGAUCCUCAGGAAUUGAGAAGCAAUGUAAACUUGUUAGAAAAGCUUGUUAGGAGAGAGUCCUUGCCAUGUUUACUGGUCAAUCUAUACCCAGGCAAUCAGGGGUAUUCUGUGAUGCUCCAGAGAAAAGAUGGGUCCUUUGCAGAGACCAUUCGGCUGCCUUAUGAUGAAAGGGCAUUGCUCGACUACUUGGAUGCAGAAGAAUUACCCCCUGCUUUGGCCGAUGUCCUUGAUAAAGCUUCGGUUAACAUUUUUCAUAGUGGGUGUGUCAUAGUAGAAGUUCGUGACUACAGGCAGUCCAGUAAUAUGCAACCUCCUGGUUACCAAAGCAGGCAUAUUCUCCUACGUCCAACAAUGCAGACUUUAGCCCAUGAUGUGAAGAUGAUGACAAGAGAUGGCCAGAAAUGGAGCCAGGAAGACAAGCUGCAGCUUGAGAGCCAACUGAUCUUAGCGACAGCUGAACCACUGUGUCUCGAUCCUUCUGUAGCAGUCGCCUGCACUGCAAACAGGCUGCUGUACAACAAACAAAAGAUGAAUACUGACCCGAUGAAACGGUGCCUCCAGAGGUAUUCGUGGCCCUCUGUAAGGUCACAGCAGGAGCUGUCUGACUAUCCACCUCCUCCUGAGAUGAGAGUGUCGACUUCUGGCCUAAAAGAAGAAAGAAAAGCAGGUCAGCCUUAUGAGCUGGACAUUGCUAAAGCAGGACGUUGUGUAGACAUGUGGAAACGCAGAUCCUGGGAUUUGGCCGUGCCUUCGGAACUGGAUGUGGAGAAACUUGCUAAAGGGUGUCAGCCUGUCAGAGCUGCUGAGACACAGCUCCCAGUCUGGCCAGCCCAGGAGGUAGAAGACCCUUUCGGAUUUGGAUGGGAAGCUGGCUCUCAGGCCUGGGACACCAAGCCAAGCAUCAUGCAGUCGUUUAAUGAUCCACUUCUCUGUGGUAAAAUACGGCCCCGUAAAAAAGCCAGGCAGAAGAGCCAGAAGUCUCCCUGGCAGCCCUUCCCAGAUGACCAUGCAGCUGGUCUCAGGCCUGGGUCAGAGACUGAUGCUGGGAGGGCAGUGAGUCAGGCCCAGGAAUCGGUGCAGAGCAGAGUCAAAGGUCCAGGCAAGAUGUCACACAGCUCCAGUGGCCCAGCCAGUGUCAGUCAGCUGUCCUCAUGGAAAACACCAGAACAGCCUAAGCCUGUGUGGGUCCAGUCUUCAGUAUUGGGGAAGGGAGAGAAACAUCCGCCUCCCCGAAACCAACUUCCCUCAAGCUCAGGAAAGAAUUCCUCAGGUACCAGUUUCUCCCCACAACAGGCAGGCAGCUCUCUUAAGCGUCCUUUUCCUGCUGCUGCUGCCGCUCCUGCGGCUUCUGCUGCAUCUCCCGCUGCUGCUGCUGCUGCUGCUCCUGCUCCUGCUCCUGCUCCUGCUCCUGCUCCUGCCACUGCUCCUGCUCCUGCUCCUGCUCCUGCUGUAGCUGCUGCUUCUGCAGCACCAAGUCAUUCUCAGAAGCCCUCUGUGCAUUUCAUUCAAGUUAGCAGGCCCUAUCCAGCUGCCCAGCCCCCCACCAGACUCAUAAAAAUAGCCCCAGCCAUUCAGGUCAGGACAGGCUCCACUGGCCUAAAGGCCAUCAACAUGGAGGGCCCAGGCCGGGCAGCCCAGGCUUUGGGUAGCAGUUACAAGCCUGUGCAGGCCCCUGGCUCGGGUGGCCCGGCUCCUGCAGGAAUCAGUGGCAGUGGCCUUCAGUCCUCAGGAGGUCCACUACCAGAUGCAAAGCCCAGUGCAGCACAGGCAUCUUCUCAAGCACCCCUUCAGUUUUUCCUAAAUACUCCUGAAGGUCUCAGGCCCAUGACUGUCCUCCAGGUUCCACAGGGCUCCGUGGUUUUGAGCAGCACGCAGCAGCAGUUCCAUCAGCUGGUUUCCCUGCAGCAGCUCCAGCAGCCCACAGCUGCCCACCGUCCUCAGCCAGGGCCACAGGGUUCCGCACAAGGUAUGAGCACUCAAGGGCAGGCCUUCCCUGCUCAGCAGCUUCUUAAGGUGAACCCCACUGGAGCAGGUGGUGGUCUGCAGCCCCUCACUGGAUUGGGUCUACUUGGCUCUGCCCAGGUUCCUCAGCAGGGUAUCCAGCUCCCCUCUGUCUUGAGGCAGCAGCAGCAGCCACAGCUGCGGCUGAAGCAGCAACCGCAGCCACAGCCGCAGCGUAUCCAGCUCCAGACGCAGCAGUUGAGAGUCCUGCAGCAGCCAGUGUUUUUGGCAACAGAUAGUGUUCAGAUAGUGCAGCCACGUCCAGGUGGGCAAGCAGCGAGCCAGUCGGUAGUGCAGACAAAGGGAGGCAAGCCAACCCCUCCAGCGCCCUGA